AUGAAGUUCAUCUUUGAUCAUGAUGUAAAUGUGAAUUUGCUGCAGGUUUAUUGCCAUGGAUUCAAUGGGGCUGGGCCUCUAGCUGUUAUUCUUUCUUCCGGCCCAUCUGCUCAUUUUAGCCCUCAGCUUAUGGAUCUAUGGCUUCUUAUGUUCGGACCUACUGUGUGGCUAAUUUGGGAUUUAAGGAAUAAGUUGCGGUUUGAGGAGAAGGUUUCUAGGGUUUCUUCUGCUUUUCGUACCAUUAUUAAUCAUGUGCGUGCCUCUAGUCCUCUGGCCAGAGGUCAUAUGUCGAAUAAGGUGCGUGAUCUGUAUACUAUUUGUUCCAUUGGGGUGCAUAGUCGUCCCUGCCCCAAUCCCAAAAUUGUAGAUAAGGUAAUGACACUUAAAAGAUUUUGUAUUGCUUAUAACAACAUGCAGAAGAAAUUGGCCUAA